AUGACUAAAGCUGAUAGUACAUAUCAAAAUAAAGUAAAAAUCCCAAUUGUGGAAAGAGAAAAUUACGAUUUAUAUCAACUUUUUCCUUUACCUACUCCUAAAAGCAACCUUAUCCAAAUGAUUAUUCCAAAUUCGAAAAUCCUUAUUCUAAACGACCAAAAUUUCAUGUCGUUUGACUCAGAAUGUCAAGAAAUUAGUAAUCAAGAGUGUAUCUGUCACGAAUCAGUACCAACUCCAGUAGAAGAAGACGCCCCCUGCGAAGUUUCAUUGUUGAGGUUUUCCAAGAACCUCACCAACUGCCAAACCAUCUAG